CGUGGCCUUCAGGCGGACGGUCACAUGCAGAUCUUCGUGAAGACGCUGACGGGCAAAACCAUCACCUUGGAGGUGGAGCCCAACGACACGAUCGAGAACGUCAAGGCUAAGAUCCAGGAUAAGGAAGGGAUCCCCCCUGACCAGCAGCGGCUGAUUUUCGCGGGCAAGCAGCUGGAGGAUGGCCGCACCCUCGCAGACUACAACAUCCAGAAAGAGUCCACCCUGCACCUGGUGCUGCGCCUGCGGGGGGGCAUCAUCGAGCCCUCCCUCCGCCAGCUCGCCCAGAAGUACAACUGCGACAAAAUGAUCUGCCGCAAGUGCUACGCCCGCCUGCACCCCCGUGCCGUCAACUGCCGCAAGAAGAAGUGCGGGCACACCAACAACCUCCGCCCCAAGAAGAAGGUCAAAUAGAGCGGGCAGCGGUGGCCCUGCCUGCACCCCUGCCUGCACCCUUCCAAUAAAGCAUCGCAGCGCUCAAACCGG